GAAGAUCUUUAAAUAUAGAAGGAUCAGAAUAUAGAUUACUCCUGCAUAAGUAUUUUAAAGGAGCUAAUACAUACAAGUUUGCACAUCACCGCCAUCUAUAUAUCCAUUACGCCAUCACUGUAUUGACUUUUACCAAAAAAUUAUAAAUUAACUAAUACUAUGAUUAGUUAAAUACUUUGUCCUUGGCUAAUUUUACUUCAAUCAAUAUGAUCCUCAAAAUCCCAGAAUACUUUUUAUAGUUGAAAAACCUCUCAACAUUCAACUGAUGGGUUUCGUGCAGUUCUUUCCUUUCCUGGUCUUCCUCCUCCUUUUCAUCUUGGCACCAUCGGCCUAUUCCUAUUGCCCCAUAACUACCUGCACUAACAACACCCUUACCCCUAUCCGAUUCCCAUUCCACCUCGAUGAGCAGAAGAACGAAAACUGCAGCUACCCCGGCUUCAACCUCCACUGCACAGACCGUGGUCACCCUGCUAUAACUCUACCUCAUUCUGGAGAGUUCUUAGUCCGUAAUAUAAGAUAUGAUGCACAGACCAUGCUAAUAGACGACCCAGAUAGCUGUCUCCCACAGAGACUUUUACAAGGUUUCGACCCCUCUGGAUCACCUUUCCAAGCUGAUUUUUAUGUCGACUAUACAUUCCUUAGCUGCCCAAGAAGCUUCACAAAUGCUGAUUUUCAUGUAAUUGACUGUCUCAGCAAUUCAACAAGAUCAACCAUCGCGAUUUCUCUCAAUGAUCUUACAGAUGAUGUGUCGAGGUCUUGUAAGAUAAUUAAGACUUUACCAGUUCCUGCUUCAAUAUCUGCAAAUGGUGGAUUCAGUUCUAAUCUUAGUGAAGAUGUCUGGAUUUCCUGGCAUGUACCUGAUUGCCUAGCUUGUGAGGAGCGCGGAGAUGUUUGUGGGUAUCAGAGCAAUGGCAACCAGCAAAUCGGUUGUUUCAAAAGUCUCAACAAUUCAGGUGAUCCCGAGCAAACACACAACAGCAAAGGCCUCAAAAUUUUCAGAAUAAUUGCCUUUUCAAUUGCAUUCCCAGCCAUCGCAUGUGCAGUUGGAGUAGGAAUAUUCUUAUGCAUGGUGGAUCGGCGAGAUAGAAGGAUAGGGACAGGGGGAAACAGACCAGAGAUAGCACAGCCUUUAGAAACUACAAUGUCAAUAGGGCUUGAUCAAGCUACUAUUGAAUCGUACGCCAAGGUGGUGCUUGGAGAAAGCAGGCGAGUUCCAGGCGUUAGUGAUGGGUCAUGUCCUAUAUGCUUGUCAGACUUUAGUGUUAAGGAAACACUGAGAUGCAUACCUGAUUGUCAGCAUUGCUUCCAUGCUGAUUGCAUUGAUGAGUGGCUGAAGAUGAAUGGUACUUGCCCUCUCUGCCGUACUUCGCCAGAAAAGAGAUCAACCAACAUAGAUAUAGAUUAGAUUUUUUACUUUUUAACUGAGAUACUUCAGAUGAUUGCAAUUCCUCCCCCCCCCCCCCCCCCCCCCCCCCCCCCCCCCCCCCACCCCAUCUUUGGAGUACUGAGCACAUGAUGUACUAGAAGCGUGAAAUAGCAUCUUAUAGACAUGUACAGUAUAGUUAUUUAAUGACCUUGUUUCACCAGUUCAUUCAAAAAAA